AAAGAAAUGCGUCACGUUUUCUUGGUCACCUGGCAUUUCUGAAGACCAACCCAGAACGGCGUAAUAGGGCAGUUUAUAAAAGGUAGGACUGUCCUGAACGCCAGUUCAAAGGAGAGAAGCCUCCAGGGCAAACUUUAAGCUAAUGUUUCCUAAACUAGAAGGCAGCAGCAACCGCGUUGUGAUUUUGGAAACAUUUUCACAGGCUGCAACGUCCCCAGCAAGCUCCCUUGUUCUUUACAGCAAACAAAAGUUUGGAAGUCUUUAAAAAAAAUGCUCCAAGAUGCUGUGACGUCUCUAGCUGCAAAGAUUAGGCUCAUGCAAGCUAGGCUGUUCCCUGAAAUGGUCUAAGGAAGCGAAAACUGAGUUUUGGAAGAAGAGGAAGAACGGCAACCCCUUUGAACUCGGGCCUUAGAGAAGAACUCGCUCUCCUCCCUCGCAGCUAUCAGCAGCUAGCCAAACUUUUAAGGGAGAGGAAAGGAGCCGGAACGCCGGUCUUUCCACGAAACUCCUGCUGGCAUUGCUGACUUUGCUGACCUAAAGGAGCCGCCCUUCUUGCAAAGCCCAGCAUGCAUGCUCCUCUAGUCCCAGGGUCCUUGCCUUCCACCACUCAGACUGAUCUUCCAGUCCCACUGAAGAAAUUUUAUCAGGGUGAACCUCUGGCCCUGGGGAUCACACAGAUAUUCAUAGGAAUCAUAGGAAUGAUUUUUGGGAUCCUGCUUGAUAUAAUGAAUGAUUAUUUCAUCAUCUAUAGUGUUAUAAAGAUCGCUUAUUGGAGUGGCAUCUUGUACAUCAUCUCUGGAUCCUUAGCUGUGGCAGCUGCUCGGAAUCCCAAGAUCCCUCUGGUGCAAGGUGCGCUGGCAAUGAAUGUGAUAAGUGCUGUAUCAGCUGGUAUUGGCAUCACAUUGCUGUCUUCCAGUAUCAUCUACCCCUUUUCAUAUAAUUUCAUGUUCCUUUGCCGUGAAUUUGAACACAAUUAUGAGGAAAAGUGUUUUGAAACUCUUCGUAUCUUUCAAGGAAUUUUGGCUGUUCUUAUUAUGUUCAACACCCUGGAGUUUUGCAUCACCAUCUCUGUCGCAUCAUUUGGCUGUAAAAUGCUUUGCCAAAAUACCUUCACUGAAACGGUUGUCGUCAUUUAUGAGAAUGUGACUCCUGCCAGUGUUGAACAUCCAUCCAUCGACUGCAAACAGCCAGAGUUCCCUUGAGUUGCUUUUCCUUCUUGGCAGCUAUUCUGGAAUACAUUGGCUCCUGCAAAAUUGAAGACUUGAGCUUUUUAAGGAUUUGCACGGAACUUUUUCCUCAGCAGAACCUGAAAUAUUUAGUGGGCUAAGCCAAACACCAUGUGUAAAAGAUCUUGACAAUGUGAAUGUUCUUGAUUGCUGGUUAAGACAUGUCUCUGUGAACUGGUUGGCACCUUGUACCAACCUUGUUACGUUUUGCUGUUGGAAAAUGCACAAUUGGUCGAGUUUAUACAACACAUUAGGGAUAAGCUAUAGUUUCCACUUUACAAUGGUUGUGUCACAGAUUAGACAAAAUCCAAAGCUUACUUCAACAGAACUUAGGAAAAUAUUUUUUUGCACUCAGCUACACUCAUACAACCAAUUAUGCUAGUUGUGUGAAAUCAUCUAAUGCUUGCAACACACUCCAGAAUUUGAUUUGUGGGAUGUAACAGUGACCCUGGGAAGCCUUCAGCAGCCAUAUAUUCCAAUGAAAACUAAAGAGUCAAAUUUAUAGCCAUAAUUUAAAAUUUUAACCUGUUUGUUCUAGUGGUUAAGAUACCAGGAGACUGUGAGUUCUAGUCCCGCCUUAUAAAGAAAAGCCAGCUGGGCGACUCUGGGCCAUUCUCUCUCUCAGCCCAACUAAUUUCAUAGGGUUGUUGUGGGGAAAGCUGGAAGAGGAAGGAAUAUUAGCUAUGUUUGCUGCCUUAAAUCAUUUAUAAAAAUAAUGAAGACAGGAUAUAAAUGUAUACAGAAGAGAAAACUUGUUUCCUUGCCACUCGACUUUCCAUCAAGGCUGCCUUCUGCCCAUCCAGCUUAUCUCACUGUUUUAUUUUAGGCAAGACUGCACUCCAAACUAAUAAAAAUAAGCUGCUGAGCA